AAGCUGAGCUUUGGUGUCUAUAUGCCAGAACCAAAAUCGUUAGGUAGACUGGUAGAGUAUUGGAGGCUGUUGGUUGUUGGUGUAGUUGAACGUAACAGAAGAUAGCGAAAUGGAUUCUGCUCAGGUAGUGGCUGCUUUAAAAAUUAACUCCAGUUAAUGACAAAUCGAUUUGUAAAAUACAAACAUUCACUUUCUUUGACAAGAGUGAUAAGUGAGAAAGGAACAUGAAAGACUCUGCGGGAAAUGUAAUACAGUUUCCUCUGAAGGGGAAAAAUGCUUCACAUUGGCUAUGCAAGGUUUAAUUUUAAACAAGAGCUGUCCUCAAUCUGAAGUGUGGGUGUGAAGACUGGCAUGAACACAAGUGUGUUCAAGGAACCAAGAGGAGUUAUGCGCAUAUUGCAGUUUGUAUUUUCGAUAUGUGCAUUUGCAACCACUACAGGAUAUACUAACAAAGUUAAUGUUGAGUAUUCAUGCAACAGCACCAAUACUGGAAAGUUUGAACUGGAUAUCUCCUAUCCAUUUAGGUUAGAUCGUGAAGGUAAAACUGUGCCAUGUGACCCACCAUUAGAUUUUUAUUUGCUUGGAAAUUCAUCAUCAGAUGCCCAGUUCUUUGUUGCUGCUGGUGUUUUGGCAUUCAUCUACUGCAUCUUGAUUAUUGUGGUGUACGUGCUGUUUGAUGCUAUGUACCAAAGCAAUGAUCAUCUGCCACGUGCUGAUUUUGUUGCCACUGUUGUUUUAGCUGUAUUGUGGUUGUCUGGAAGUGCUGCUUGGGCUAAUGGACUAAGUCAGAUAAAGAUGGCUACAAACCCUUCUUUCCUUACUAGCCUUUGCAAGCAAAUUGCCUGUUCAGUAUCUGUUGGUGGCAGCUUCUCAAGUCUUGAUAUAUCUAUUAUUCUUGGAUUUCUGAAUUUUUUCCUUUGGGCAUCAGAUUUGUGGUUCCUAUACAAGGAAACUUCUUGGUUCAAAAUGAAGCAGAGCAGCCCAAAUAUGGCAGCUACAGCGUAAUUGGAAAAUAAAGUCUGCAACACACAAAUCAAAUCUACAUAAUACCUUCUUCUAUUCAGAGUAUAGACUGCUUUUUAUGUUCAGUCAAAAAGUCAGCCAGUUGCUAUUGAACAAUAAUUUAUUUGUUUUACUGUAGUAUUAUUGAGUCAUAGAAUUUUUUUCUACUUUUGCAUCCUUUUAUGGCAAGUUGCAGUGUUCUCUCUAGAGUACUUACAUGAAGAAAUUUGAAGGACAUAUCUUAAGAAGAAUAAUACCUCAGAAUUAUUUAUGGGUUAAUUCUUUUUAUUGAUGCUGUACUAAAUAUUUGUGUCCUAUCAUUCAGAAACAGGACCUUGGAAUCAAGUAUUUUUGCGCGGGGGAGGGGAGGGGGGGAAGUUCUUGCAAUAUGGUCCUAAUUAAGUUUUCUGAAAUAUCACGUACUUUUUCUAUUUUAUGUAUGAACAUACACAUUAUGUCAAUUAUUAAAUCCAUAUCUGUAACACUAUAGUGGUUGCCCAUGUGCUGAAACGUGGAGCUGUCAUAUUUCCUGUCAUGGAUUUUAAUAGGUACUUACAAUGUAACACCAAUUCUUUUUUUUUUUUUUUUUUUUUUAUCCGUGUUUUGGAUUGUGCGUUCUUCAGUAUUUGUAUAUACAAUGCAGUAACUAUAAGCUUCAAAUAUUUGUGGAAAA